UGACUGCUGCGUCUGCACAGACAGUAGCUGCAGAGUGAGCACAGCUACCAGGGACGCUCUCUGCUGCUGCUGCUGCUGCUGCUGCACGGUGAGAGGAGAACCGGGACCUGAAGGUAAACACAUUUUUAUUUGUUUUCAACAUCCGUCUACUCUGUUAUAGCUCUGCUGGUUAAAACAAACAUAAGGAUUAGAGAGAGAGAGACGAGACUGAUGCAUUGUUAUAGGACUGAACACGUACCGACAGCAAGUUUGCUUUACUGGUGGUUUAACCACCAACGAACAAGAGAUUAGACAUGUGUGAAAACCAUAGACUGUAUACAGUCUAUGGUGAAAACCAUCAAACUGGCCUGGUAGCCGGGUAUUGAUUUCUGUCGGAGAUGCACUGAGCUAACGCAGCGAGGAGAUGAUUCACCCAGACUUUAGUAGCCUAUUAGAGUAUUAACUCGUAUUGCUCGAUAAGAGAUUAAAGGAGGUACAGUUUGAAACUAAGUGAUUUAAACUGCAUACGCUUUAUUCUUUCAUAUUUCCUGGCAUAGAUACCAAAUAAAUGACACAACACUGUUAAAAAUAAAGCACUUUUUUGGUCUGAAAAUUUUAAUCUAUGGCAAAAAAAAAAGAGUGAAAUCAGCACAGACCCCGACACCAACCCCGGAUGUUCAAGUGCACGAGUGCUGAAACCACAGUUCCUCCAGUGUCCACUUGGGGCAGGCUGCAAAAGUACACUUGCCCCAAAGAAGUUAGCAGCUGCAAAAAUAAAUCAUGACCAUUAAAAAACAUUCAAAGAAAUGCCAAAACAACUGCCAUAUAAACUGCUUUGUGGUAAAAGAAAUUGAUCAUGUGACCAAAUAUUUAGGAGAUGGGCAUCAAUUCAUUGAGUCUGUGAAGGUUAGAAGCACAUGGGUGAAGGGGUUAGGCAUUUAUUUCCAAAAAGAAAAAAAAUAUUUCACUCUUGAAAAUGAAUUUAGUCUGUCAUAAGUUUGAUUAGAAUUGUGGUUAGACCAAAAAAGAUCAUUUUAAAUUUGUUGUAUACAUCAAUUGUGGUAUCUAUGAGCUACAACAUGAGGUCAAAAACCUAGCAUAAAAAUCCACCAUUUUUUCUAAGAGGACUAAUAAAGUCAUAAUAGUAGUUCUGGGGUAAGAUGAGCCAGUGGCACAAUGUAGAAAGUAAAGGAGUCUGAUGAGAGGAUCGGAGUUUCAGUUCAGAUUGUUGAAAUGUUUUACUUUUUCUUUUCAAAACUACAGCUGUGAAUGUUCUGAAUUACCUAAAGGCAUUCUCAUGUUAAAAUGGCUUUUUACAAAACAGCUUUUUAGCAGUUAUAUGCAAUAAUAAUAAACAAAAAUACACAUGAAUGUGAAGAAGUGACUGUUAGGUGAGGGAUAUGACUCAACUUACCCCGCUCCUAUGCUCAACUUACCUCCAUACACGGGGUAAGUUGAGCAUAGGAAACCUUUUUUUUUGCAUGCUAUAUUAUCAAGAAUGUUAUGUUUACACUCAUUUUGUUGGUUUGCAGGGAUGCACAACAUCUUGAAAUAUAUGCAGAUAUACUAGUUAGAGACAAAACUAUGAUUGCCUUGAUGUAGUGAUCUGAAAUAUGAAAAAUGGUUCAUCUUACCCCAGUCUUCACUAUUUUGUAUUUUUUAAAGGUUCUUGGGUUUCAUAAAUACUUUUGGGUUUGUGAAAUAAAUUGACGUAUCUAGAAAUUUGUGUGUUUCGUGCAAACCUUUGCAAUGCUAAAAUAUGUUUUAUUAAUUUUAUUAAUUACCUCUGCAUUUCAGGAGCUAUAUCUGUGUGUUUUUUUUAAUCAUUUUGCGCUCUGUCAAACCUUUUAUUAGUUACUUCUGCAUAUGGUCUUGAAUGAACUCUAGCAGAAACGCUCUAAAUCAGCUGCAGUAGUCUGGCUGUUUUUGGAAACCUGACUCUCUUUCACAAUAAUGGAGUCAGCCGAGGAUAAAUGCAUAUCCCAGUUUUCAGGUCCUGCUGGAACACGAGUCCUUUAUCCUUUUAUAUACUAUAAUCUGUUACCACACCCAGAUUCCUGACUCGCUUGGUGGUUUCACCUGGAAUGACUGCAGCUCGAUAUAUGAUACAGUAAAGUGAGGGUAUGGCUGAUUUGACAGACAAGCAGCCACAUUGCAGCUGCUUGAGAGGAAGGCUAACACCAGACUGAGCUCAAACUUUUCACCUGUGUCUUGGUCGGCCGACAGUAACUCUUCUUUAAAGUUUGUGCUGUGCAUCAUCAAUGAAUUUGCAUGUCUUUGGUCACAGGGAAAAUGUCAAUACAGAAGUUGCAGGAGUGGCGAGAGCAGAUCCGCACAGAGCUGGACAGUGUGGUCGAUUUCUGGCUGAAAUACUCUCAUGACACUGUGCAUGGGUACGGAAGCUGCUCUUUAAUGCAAAUGAAAUCAAUUUGCAUGCAAAGUCUCUGCAGACGCAGCUGAGUCUAUGCCCAUGGUGAUGACACUGAAUCUCUAUUACCUAUCUUAGAGGAUUCUUCACAUGCUUGGGGAGAGAUGGGACGGUGUAUGAUGAGCUGAAGUACGUCUGGCUGCAGGGGAGACAGGUAUGGCUCUGCAGUGACACCAGCUGUAUGAAACGUGGGCAUUAGGUGUGAAUAAUUUGACUUGUCUCUCUUUCAGGUGUGGACGUACUGUCGGCUCUACAGAACCAUGGAGCGUUUCCGCAGGCAUGAAAUCCUUGAAGCAGCAAAAGCGGGUGAGUGUGAGUGUGUUUAAGGGGACACCUGCUGCAUAAGGACAGAGAGCACAGUGUAGGGCUGAUGGUGAGGGCGAGAUGUGCUUUCAUUUAAGACACAAGCCACAUCAUUCAUGGACCUACAAAAACACAUGUAAAAAAAACACUAGUGCAAAGACAACAUGUAAAUAAAGAUUUUUUAUUAUUAUACCACAUAGAAUAAAGAUCCAGAAACACCAGUGGAGUCAAAAUCUGAUAUCCUUUUUGGAAAUCAUGGACAGCGUAUCCUUUUUCCUGAAAAUUAGAGCUUGUUAUCAGUCCAAAGCCAGCAUCACUGAUGGUAUGGGAAUCAUCAGAGUCCAUGUCAUGGGUAGCUUCCACAUCUGUGAAGGCUCCAUUAAUGCUGAACAAUAUAAAAAGGUUUAGAAGCAACAUUUGCUGACAUCCAGACAAUGACUUUUUCAGGCAAGAAUGGGACAACAUUUCACUUUCAGACUCCAGAAACUGGUCUGCUGGGUUCACUAACGUUUACAGAGGGUUGGGAAAAGAAGUUCUGAUGACACCAGAUGAGAAACAUGAACAGCUUUCACUUUCAGUUUCAACAUUUGAUUUAUUUUCUCUGCACCAUUUUCACUUACAUUUUUAAUACCCUAACUUCUCUUCCUUUAAAUAUUUGACUCUGUGUCUCAGCUAUUCUUAAAUCAAGGUUGAGCAUAAUGUCAUGUUUGUCAUCAGGAUAACAAACACUGAGUUUGUAGACACUAACUCGUCUGUACAUCUGUGCAACAGAUGGAGCAUGGCAGGCUUUUGUUUGCAAACUGCUGUGAUUAAUUAUGGUGCUCAGAGUGUUUGCUCUUUGCUUUCAGAGAUCCACAGUGAAGUGCAAAACAAGUCACUGACCUGCAAACUGUCUCCUGCUCAGGAGCUGAUGAUAUCAGGGAUGCUUUUAGCUUUACCGAUGUUUAUUUUCUGGGUUUACAUGAAAGCUCUUAAAAGGUUUAUGUCAUCCUCAAACAAAGCUCUUAUAUUAACUACCACACGUCUGAAUAAAGCCAUUAAAGAAGCAAAUGUGUUUUUGUAUUCUCAUCACAGAUAACCAGAAGUUAAUAUGGUUCUGUAUCUAAUUUCAGGAGGAUCCUUCCUCAGAAGGUUUGCUCGUGUACCCAGCAGCAGCAGCGGUCAGUGGAAAUGUGCCUUCUGUUUAACCAGAGAGGGAAAAGCUGUGAAAAUUCAAAGGACGAUCUUCAGUGAGUGUUUUUACAUCAUGGCCAUGGAUGAGCUGGGCAGAGUCACUGGUGACAAAGACUUGCAGGUACACAUGCUUCAUUAAAACUAUUUAGCACAUACAGGAAAGGAACAGAAGCUUAUUUCCCUGCCUAUGAAUCAAACUUUCUGUCUCUGAUAUUCUGACUGCUGCCCAAAAAUUUCAAUUUUGAGUGUGAUUUUGCAGGAUUGAGCCAAAUGUUUCCAUUUCAACAAAUCUAGAAAACCAAACCACUCCAAGUUGAUGAAAAACUUCUCAAAAUGACUCACUCAAUGCAGGAGCCCUUAGAUUGGAUUUAUGCUGAGGGUGCACAAGCAGAAAAAAGAUGUUUCAAGUAUUUAGUUACAGAAAAUCUAGUUUCCUUCCUUUUUUUGUUAACUUGGAUCAUGGCUUCAUCUGGCCAUGUUUUUUUUUUUUUUUUGUCACAUAAACUUUCUGACUCUGAGACGUCACUCUCUCCUCCUCUUUUGUGGGAUUCUUAGCUGGAGGCUGAGCAGAUGAUGGAGCAGCUGAUCUUCUGGGUUCGGGAGGACUCGUCCAGUCUGGGCCGGCCGCAGCUUCCCGGAGACGUUCCCACCAACAGCAUGGCGGUUCCCAUGAUGCUGUUGUGUCUGGUGCAGCAGCUGACUGAAGACCGGGGGGAGGAGGUGGUGCAGAAGUACAGAGAACUGGGCAGCUGGUGUGUGAAACAGAUUCUGCAACACAUACAGGUGUGUGAACAUAUAGCAGACUGCCCUCGGUGUAAAUGGAGGCCUGUCUUUUAAGAUCUUUAAAUUGCAUGACUAAUUCAGCUUGAUUCGUCAGCUGCUGAUUAUGGUGGUGUUGCAGUUAGCAUUAUGGAUAAAGUCAGUGUGAUUGAAGUGGGGUGACCUCCCUUUAGAACAGAUGCCUGAAGUUUCAUUUCUUCUUCUUCUGCAACUCCUCACAGAGAGACGGCACAGCUAUUUUAGAGAAUGUGUCAAUAGAGGGAAAAGAGCUGCCAGGCUGUCAGGGCCGACUGCAGAACCCGGGUAACCACAAUCACAAACACACACAUACAAAUACACACCAAAAAAGUGCAUGAGGAAGCUUGAGUUGUCCUUUUCCUGCUGAUUGUGCUGACUCAGGCCACGCUCUGGAGGCCGGCUGGUUCCUGCUGCAGUUCAGUGCGGCGCGAGGGGACAAGGAGCUCCAGCAGACCGCCAUUAACAAGUUUAUGGAGCUUCCGUAUAAGGCAGGUUGGGAUACAGAGCACGGAGGCCUCCUCUACUUCCUGGAUGUGGACGGUCACUGCCCCACACAGGUGAGACAGGCUGCUAUAUACACACACUCGUUUUUUCUCUGUCAGGGUUAAUGCUGUUGCUGUGAUAAACUGUGUGUAGAUAAUGUCUGAAAUCAGCGUGUUCAUUUUUGUGGUCAGUUGGAGUGGAACAUGAAGCUGUGGUGGCCUCACUGUGAAGCUCUCAUCGCCUACCUGAUGGCCUACAGUCACACUAAGAGACCAGAGCUGCUGGAGAGAUUCUCUCAAGUUUAUGAGUACACCUUCAGUCACGUGAGUUAUUACUGAGGGAAACGUACCCGAGGAAAAAUCUCAUGCUACACCUCUGAAGUGUUUAAUGUUAACAAAUGACCAUCACUAGGACUUGCAGCUUUAUGAAGCCUUACUUCAGAUGCACUGAAAUAUUCCUUUGAUGUUCAUAUUUUAAAAACACAUCCCUCUGUAUUCUUCAGUGUAUUGUCAUCCUGAUAAAUUGACCUUGUGCUUGACAGUUUCCAGAUGCUGAGGGAGGUGAGUGGUUUGGAUAUCUGAGUCGAGAGGGGAAAGUAGCUCUGGAUUUUAAAGGAGGGCCGUUUAAAGGUGAGAACAUAACUUUGGUGGAGGGAAAAACGGAAACCAAACCAACAGAAAAACCUGUCCAAUAAUCUUCAAUUGUUUACCAAUUACAAAAUAUUCCUUAGUUUUCUUUUAAAAUGUAUUAUAAAACUGUCCUAUUAUUAUGAAUAUUGUUAUUAUUAUGUUUUUUCUGUUUAAUAUGACCUGUAUUUUUUACUGUCUGAUGAAAAUAACAUAUAAUCACAUUUCUCUCAACCUCACGAGUAGAAAAACAAAGAUUAGCUUGAUAUAGUUUUUUUGUCUGUCCUUGCAGUCCUGUUCAAUUUACAUUCUGCGCUGUUGGUUAAGAGUUGCGAUCACCUUCUUGUUUUUAGGUUUCUUUCACGUCCCUCGCUGCCUCUACAUGUGUGAGCGUCUGCUGGAUGAUCUUCUGGGAAAUAAGGACUGAAAACAUGAUGAAUGUUAUAAAGUGAGAUUAAAUCUGAUCUCCUUGUAUGUUCCAGGUUGAAGAGUCAGGUUAUGAAGUAAGAUUGCACUAAUUGUCCGAUAUAUAGAAGCCUUAUGCAGACAUGCACCUCCUACUUCAUCCUGCGAUAAAUAAUUCUGUGUUGUUUUGUCAAGAUCAUAUUUUUCUAGUAAUCUGGGAAUUAAAAGUUUAUUUUCUUGUGGGAACGAUUUUCAGGCGAUCUUGAGAUUAAAACAACAAACCACAACCUGCUGCCACCAGUCACAGUUACAUGUUAAGCCCGGAGACUAUUUACUAAAAUGGACGCUAUAAGUGUUUACAGACUGUGAAGUCUAAAUAUUCAGAGCUCCCCCUACAGGCUGUCUGCAGAGUAGGUCAUAAGGCCUGCCUUCUUAAUGUUACCAGAGAUGUUUGUUGUCAUUAUAGCUAUGCAGAUUUAUGUCCAAGUGCUUACUUUUCUGAGAAGGUUGGUUUGAAGUUGUUAUUUCAUUUCAAAAUAUUGAUUGAUUGAUUGAUUGAUUGAUUGAUUGAUUGAUUGAUUGAUUGAUUGAUUGAUUGGCCAAUGACACUCCUGCACCACUGUGUGCAUCAAAUAAUCAGUUAAACACAGGAAAAGUGAGGGAAACUGUAACAGGAAUAGUCACUGAACUUUCCAUAACUGCAAGCAUCAGCUUCAAACCCACACAAGAACCGGUUCUGCUGUGGACUAGACCCACUUUAGGGAGCUUAAAUGGUUAACCACUGAGUUAAAUGUGGGUUUUACUAAGUGGAAGAGGUGUGACCUGAAGGGUAGCAUGCAUGCGCCUCCUAGCUAUCUAAGGAUUUUCCCACAAUCCUUAAUCCUACAUCAACCUGAAUGUAAGACAGGAUUUUUUUUUCAACAUAAUAUAUUUGGAAAAAGUGGGACUUUUUGGGGAUGUUUAGCAACUAAACACCAACAUUCAUUACAAAAGUGGAUAGCAUUGCUUUUCUGAACCCCUAACGGCUGAGACUGGUCAUCUCACUAUGUCAGAGAGGUGAAAGAUGAGGAGACAUAUUCAGAGGACAUGCUUUCUGAGUUGUUUUGAGGUGCAAAUCUCCAGGUAUUUGAGUUAUUGUUACUUGAAGCUGCUCAUCACAAUAACAGAGCUGAUAUCUUUGAUUAGAAAUACCCUGGUAACCCUAUAGACUCGUCCUUCCCAUUAAACAAUUACCACUGUUUUUAUACCAAAAUGUGCCUUUUACAUGCUCACUGACAGCAUUUUAGGGCAAUGAUACAGUUUAUUUAGUAACUCUGCCAUACUAUAAAAUUUGUAAGGGAAAAUUUGAAGCUGCACUGUCUUGACCUUACCGACUAUGAACUGCUUAACCUGUAGAUGUUCUACCUGUGGGCGAAUACCUAACAGCCAAUUAUAUGUGUAACAUGAUGGAUGCUGUUUGAUAAUUAUAUUGGGCUUAUUUUGUCAUUAAUCAGUGUAUAACAUUGAAUUUUAAACAUGUCGGUUAACUGUAGUUUUUUUUACCUUUUGAAAAGCCUCUGCUCCCAAAAGCAGAAUUAUACAUGAGGAGUCAUGUUGAAUUAAACACUUUCUGCACAGCU